AUGUCCAACCCCGUCAACGGCCACGACAUGGACCCCCGCCGGCCACUUUUCAGCCCAACCAAUGGCGUGCCCAUCCCGCGCUAUGGCGACGCCUACAUCCCGCAUGCCGGGUGGGCCGGCGCCUACGGAGGAGCACCAGGCUACGGUAACUACUACUACUGCCAACCCGGCCCGUACCCGUACCCCUCUUACCCCGCCGCAGCAGCGCCGGUGCCCUACCCGGGCUCGACGGCCUACACGUGGCCCCACGCGCAGCAGCCCGGAGGCUACAGCACGUACCCCCUCCAGCCGGGCGGCCAGGCGGCCUACGGCGCGCGCACGGCGCAGGGCCACCCGGCGCUGGACCCGCGCAACCCGGCGGCGCAGCUGAGCAACUCGACGGGCGGCACGGGCUGCGAGCCGGGCUACAACUACUUCUUCCCGGCGGCGCACACCAAGAUCCACGUGUUCCGCACGGCGCAGCCGCCGUGGCAGCUGCCGGCCAACGCUCGCGUGCCGUUCGCGGCGUUCCACGUGCCCGUCAACACGACGCUGGCCGAGGUGCUCAAGGGCUUCGGCGCGUCCAACCCCAACCCCAAGAAGAACAAGUGCUUCGAGAUCGUGCAGGCGGGCAACGGCAAGUGGUACAAGGGCCUGUGCUUCGCCGGGGACGACAAGGACAUGAUGAAGAAGGCCGUCGCCGACAUUGGCUGGGACGCCGGGCGGACGGGGCUGCCUGGGCAGAAGCCCGUUGUGUGUGUGUGGCUGGUCAAGGAUUGA